UGGAGCCUACUACAGAACUCCCAGGUUUGCGUUUAUCCAACUCCUCCGACAACAACUGGGAACUGCUUUUAAGACGUCUAAAAAACAUGGAGGAUUGUUCGUGAUAAACAGGAUUAAACCUGCUGGAUACUUUUCCUGCCACUCUUUACCUCUGGACGUUUGGACACUCCUUUAUUUGUGUUCGCUGCAUGUGGACCGAGUUUUGCAUCGAUCCCAGCAAACAUUCCCUGGUGGUUUGGACAUGGCAACUGCUCUCAGUGGCCGAAACCCUGGAGGAAGAGGACCGAACCGAAGUAAGGGUCGGAUUUUAGGCAUCAUCGAUGCUAUCCAUGAUGCAGUGGGGCCCCCGAAACAAGCGGCUGCCGACCGGCGCACUGUGGAGAAAACCUGGAAACUCAUGGAUAAAGUUGUCCGGCUCUGCCAAAAUCCCAGACUCCAGCUGAAAAACAGUCCACCAUACAUCCUGGAUAUCUUGCCUGAUGCCUACCAGCACCUGCGGCUCACAAUGGGCAAAUAUGAAGAGAACCAAAGACUCACACAACUCAGUGAGAAUGAGUACUUUAAAGUCUACAUCGAUAGCCUUAUGAGGAAAUCCAAACGGGCCAUCCGGCUCUUCAAAGAAGGAAAGGAGAGGAUGUAUGAGGAGCAGUCACAGGACAGGAGGAACCUGACCAAGCUGUCUCUGAUCUUCAGCCACAUGCUGGCUGAAAUCAAAGCCAUCUUUCCUGGAGGACAGUUCCAGGGGGGCACUUUCAGGAUCACCAAAUCUGAUGCAGCUGAUUUCUGGAGGAAUUUCUUUGGAGAAAAGACAAUAGUGCCAUGGAAAGUGUUCCGACAGUGCCUUCAUGAAGUGCAUCCCAUCAGCUCAGGCCUAGAGGCCAUGGCCCUCAAAUCCACCAUCGACCUCACCUGCAAUGACUACAUUUCUGUGUUUGAGUUUGACAUUUUCACACGCCUCUUCCAGCCAUGGGGAUCAAUUCUGAGGAACUGGAAUUUCCUGGCAGUGACACACCCCGGCUACAUGGCCUUCCUUACCUAUGACGAAGUCAAAGCCCGACUGCACAAGUACAUCAACAAGCCUGGCAGUUACAUCUUCAGACUGAGUUGUACACGUCUUGGCCAGUGGGCCAUCGGCUAUGUGACCAACGAUGGCAACAUACUGCAGACCAUCCCCCACAACAAACCGCUGUUCCAGGCGCUCAUUGAUGGCUACAGGGAGGGCUUCUACUUGUUCCCUGAUGGUCGCAGUUACAACCCUGACCUCACUGGUUUAUGUGAGCCAACGCCUCAAGAUCACAUCAAAGUGACACAAGAGCAGUAUGAGCUGUACUGUGAAAUGGGCUCCACCUUCCAGCUUUGUAAGAUCUGUGCUGAGAACGACAAAGACGUCAAGAUCGAACCCUGCGGUCACCUUAUGUGUACUUACUGUCUUACAGCAUGGCAGGAAUCUGAUGGUCUGGGUUGUCCUUUCUGUCGUUGUGAGAUCAAAGGCACAGAGCCCAUAAUUGUUGAUCCCUUUGACCCACGAAAUGAGGGCACCAAGUGCUUCUUCCUCGACCAGCACAGCUGCCCAAUGCUAGAACUGGAUGAUGAGGAAGACCGCGAGGACUGCCUGGUCAUGAAUGGACUGGCCAACAUCAGAAAGCACUGUGCAGAGCGUCAGAACUCGCCCAUGGUGUCUCCGAGCUCUUCACCUCUAAGCCAACACAGAAAAAUCGACGGAGGAGACCCCAGCCACUGUGUCCAGCACCUUGGCCUUCCCCCCGUCCCACCGCGACUCGACCUCAUCCAGAAGGGCGCCAUUCGCUCUCCAUCUGCCAGUCCCACUGGCUCCCCGAAGUCUUCACCAGGCAUGUCCAGGAAGCAGAACAAGCCCCUCCCAGCGCCACCUCCUCCCCAGAGGGACCCACCACCCCCGCCUCCUCCUGAGCGUCCACCUCCCAUCCCCCCAGAGUCGCGCCAUUCUUGGCUCCCCAGUUUCUCUCCCAUGUCAUCUUCUAUCUCAUCUUCUACCGGCACACUGUCAGAUUCCCAGAUGCCCCCUGAGACACGGUGUCCCAAAGACAGCCACUUUGCAGAUGCCCACAGGGCUCGAUCAGAUCACCCGCUCCAGCUAGAACCCACUGGCCCCUCUCACCUGAAUGGAAGACCACUCAGUUGUCCGUCUGCUGGAUUUGGGAGAUUACAUCCCCGAAUGGAGGGGGCGGGAGCGUCAGAGAGCUCCAAGCCCUUCUCUGAUGGUUUGCAAGCCAGCGAUGAGUAUGACAUCCUGCCCUCACGGCCCUCGCCAAUGCAGUCCACGCUUGCCAGUAACCAUAAACCCUCCAAGCCUUUCAGCAGCCCUGUGCUAGAACGGCAGCGGGGAGUGAUGGAGAGGGUGGAGGACAACUAUCAGAUCCCUUCAUCCAACCUCUGCUUGAGCCAGGCUCCUGUCUGUAUCUCUGUACCCAGCAGGCACUUGGAGAACGGUUCUCCAGAGCCCUCCAUCAACGAGAAAAAGCUCCAGCUCCCUGAGCCUGGUGGCCAAUCUGAGUCCGUCAGGGGAGUGGCGGCCUCACGGGUCGCACAUAGUGCCCUCUGUCCCUUCAACAUCAACAAGAUACCUUCUGACUAUGACAUUCUGCUGCCCCCACAAGCGUUAGAAGACCCCUUCAACAGCCGUCCUCCAUCCCAGCCUCCUCUUCCACCGGCACGACACAGCUUCACUGACCUCUCGUCUCCAUCCUCAUUCUGCCUCUCCUCCAUGUCCUCCUCCACUGUCAUCGCACGACCACACAGGCCCUCCUCUGGACACGAUCACUUGCUAUUAAACCCCGACACAGUGUUUGACAUGCUGAACAGUGCUGCCCCUCUGCCUCCCGUCAGACGACACACAGAACAUGUAAAAGGUUCCAGAGGCUGCCUGGAGAACGACCAUGUGCCCCCUAGUCAAGUGCUGGUGGACUGUUUUCAGGCCCCUGCCAGGCCGCCCAAGCCACUGCCCAGGAAGAUUCCUCCAGACAGUCAGCCGGGCAAGUCCCACAGCUUGGAGUCAGAGAACGUGGACGCUAAAAUCGCCAAGCUGAUGGGGGAGGGUUAUUCCUUCGAGGACGUUAAGCGGGCAUUGAUGAUCGCCCAGUAUAAAGUGGACGUGGCCCGAAACAUUCUGCGAGAGUUUGCCUUAGUGGCCCCAAGACUGAACCUCUAGUCCUUGAGACAGUGAAAGGGGAGCACAACAAUGAAGCUGUGCCUCUGAAUGGACUGACAAAAAAGGGCUUUUUCAUUCUGCUUGGCCUGGAACUGUUGGAACUACAAUAUUCAACAGACAUGACGAUUCACAACAAAAUGGCUAAAACCAAAUCACAGUAGAACAGAGAGAAUCAAAAAGGGGAGAAAAGACCAUCUGUGAUGUAGUGCUGAUGAAACCUGUGAAAAAAGGGAACCAGGCUUGGUGUUGUGACGGUGAGCUUUGCCGGUGCUGGCUUCUGGUUUUCAAAUGCUCCUGUUUGUCUCCAGACUUGGACUGUUUUACAGGCCUGAUCCUGCUCCUGCUGCUAAUGUUCCUUUCACAUCUUGCCUUCCUCUGCAUUUAGUUUGAAGGGCCUUUCAAUAGAAACUCUUUUCAGUUUACAGAACAUUCACAGCCAGUUUGUAGGGGUCAUUUCUAUUUACAGCCAGUGGGGGGAGCCAGACUCAACCGUCUCUCUUCUCUAAAUCUUUUUUGUUACUUUCUUCUCUUCAUUUCUACAGUUUCACCCACUCCCUCCUCUUCCUCUGUGUUGCCCAUUAGACAAUACUCCACGGUUUGGGGUCAGGGUCUGGCUGACUUGUAGGUCUUAAUAAUUGCUGGCGAGUCGGAAGAGGUUAGAUGGAGCCAGAGGAUGCCUUAUUGAUUCACCUGUUUCCCCUAGACCCGGAGAACACUGUACGACAGCUAAUGAGGACACUUCUAGUAUCUUAUUUGGACAAAAGAAGCAGGAGCAGGAAGAGGGGGGAAGGGUUGGUUUUGCUCUUCUGUUCCUAGACCAGGGGAUUAAUCAGAUGGGGCCUUUUUUUACACAGCAGACCUAUGAAUGUAUUUGUUAUGUGUGAGUGAGCUAUACUUUUGUACUCUGAGCUCCUCUCAGGCCCUUUUUGGCAAGUGAAGUGGUGGAAAAUGUUUUAACGUUUGUGCAUUUUUUUAAAUGUCUCCUUGACGAUCGUGCCUCGAUUUCUGCUCAAGCAUUUAAAUGACAGGAGCGAACUGUAGAUCAGCGAGCCAGUCGUCUGAGCUCUGAAAGCAAUGUGCUCUCCACUUCAAAUACACAGCCAUCAUGUAGUGAACAUGUCCACACAUCCCCCACAUGUUUGAGGAAUCUGAUUUGUAGUGAAAGUCUGUGUGACACAGUAGAGACGAGCAGAAUGCUACAGAUCAUUCAAACUAUGCGAUGAGUCAUACGCACAUCCACUGUGCAGUACCGGUGCAGGGAAAAGCCCUUUCCUCCCUAAUGACUGAUGUGUCACCAAUGGAUAUAUAGGAUUUGUUCAAAUGCAAAACAGUAUUCUUUUAUUACCUUUUCUUUUUUCCCCUUUGAGAGUAGUAUGUGAGAUGUUGGUAGAUAUGUGCCACACAGCCAUUAUUCUCAUACCGAUUAAAGGAUAAUUCCAGUUUAUAAUUUAGAAAUUCAUUUAUUGUUUUGACCAUUGGUUAUGACCACAUUGUAUUCACCAAAAUAAUUGUUGAGACAUUUGUUUCCUUUGUUUUCUCUUCCACAAACGUUUGUUUAAAACCUGUGACAUAUGAGCGCUCCUGUUUCUUGCCCCAUCCCAUAUCUGUUUAGGUUUUAAGAUCUCAGCAAUAUAGAGGGUACAAUGUUAUUGUUACUGAUAAAAAAAACUAUUAUUUUAGUUAAAUCGGGCAUUAAGAUUGCUACCUGUAGAAUUAGAAAUGUGAAGACUGACGAUCUCUUGACUCACUUUGUAGUGUUUGCUUCCAUAACAGUCACAUAACUGCGGCUGUAACAGAUAUAUUAUUUAAGCAAGGUAAUGGUUACGUUGGGGUAGCAGAGAUAGACAGCUUACUUCCUGGAGUGUAAAUAGAUGGGUAGAGUGGAACUUUUCCUUCUGACAGUAUAAUGUGAUGUGUCAAUGUGACAAGUUUCCAAUUAUGUCAUCCUAACAAAUGUAUAUCAGGACUGUAGCAACUUUUAUUGUAUUAACAGUUGCUGCAGCGGGCUGAGCGAGGCACUUUUCCACUCUGCAUUCUCUGGGUGUGUGUUUGAACAGAGUAAGUCAGUCUCAGUGCUGAUUCAAGAGCAGGCUGAAGUGAUGAUCCUAAUGAUACAGCUUGCUCACUUUUCUACAUUCACAUGUGUCAGAAUGUAAGAGUGUGAAGGCACUUUCUUGACUUGAGUGGUGUUUUUGUGUGUUGGAAUAAGUCUGGUAUCCAUAAUUAGAACAUUAUCUUAUGGUAAACUGACCAUCUAACAUGAUCUGACAUGUAAAUAUAAUCACAGUGAGUGAGGCUAUCUGUGCUGCACGGUCAACGAUUAGUGAAUGUGCUCUUAACUUGUCUCCUUUUCCAACUGACGGAUUAGAGAAUAGUUAAUGUUGCACAUUCGACUGAAUGAUGUCACACUGGUCUGGUUUAUUUCCAUCAUACGUAUUCAGAUAUGAAACUCAGUGGCAUUCCCCUUUAACUUGAGGCUUAAUUUUGCACUGGUGUGUUAUCACUUUUAUUUUCUCAAACUUGAAUUACUCUGAGUUCAGUAUUGUGCAUUCCAUUGGACUUAUUGUGAAGGGGGUAAGUGGCCUUACGUUGCAAAGGGGACUUUUAAUUUCUAAUGCCAUUUUUAUAUUAAUGUGCUCUGGUGACAAAAACAGUGAUAUGAUGAUAAUAUGUAAAGCAUAGAGUAAUGUGCAAUUAAUUUAUACAUUAUUAAUGCUUUUUUUCUUGAUGUGUUAUCUUCAUGGAUAAGUAAAUAACAAGUCACGGUUCCUUUGUUUUAUUUAAUGUUUUGUGAGUGUGUGUGUUGUGUCAUACCAUGGGACAGCUGUUACAUGUACAAAAUAAACACACUUCUUUGAGCAGUGAGUCAAAAGA